CUUAGGUCAGCAGUCCGGGACCACAGUGCAACUGUCCGUCCAGCUGAAUAAAACUGUAACAAGUUACAUCUGCAUUAAAACCUUUUUCAGGAUUGAAUAGUUUUUGCCAUAUUGCUUGAAAACUCACCUAAACAAACAAAAUGGAUAAUUCAGUGCUGUUGAGCAUAGUAGAAUAUGCCACAAUAGGUGUUUCAUUUAUCAUGAUGGGAUCUGGAGUGCCAGGAUGUGUUAAAAUGUACAAGACAAAAGAGACAAAAAAUGUACCAUUAUCUAUGUAUCUGAUAUUUGCUCUUAUAAAUCUCCUUAGCCUUCAGUAUGGAAAGCUUUUACAAAAUAGCACUCUAAUUCUGAUCAAUGUUGUUGGCUUGUCAGUUUGGGGAACCUGUAUUUUUAUCUAUAUUUUGGUCAGCAAUCCUAAGACCACACCUUUGUUAAAACUCUUCACAUUGAUUGGACUAUACAUGUCAAAAAUGUAUUACCUCAGUAUUAUCCCUCAAACUGAAGUUGUUCCUACUUUAGGGAGUUACCUCAUGUUUUGGUGUAUCAUGUUAUCUGUUAUUCCAGUUUUGGAAAUAAUCAAAAUAGUUUCUGAAAGAUCUGCAACCUGCUGUGAUAAGUCAAUAAUGUUUGGAGCAACAUUAAGUGCUUCUGUGUGGUGCAGUUAUGGUGUACUUAUUAGUGACAUCAAUAUUUAUGCUCCUAACUUCCUGGGUUUAGUUAUCAAUGGAAUAAAAAUUAUUUUGGUCUUUGUUUUUGGUACCCAAUCCAAAAGCAUACAUAUAGAUUAGGCUGAUAUGGACUAAAACUUUUGCAAAAUUUUCAAUAGGAAUUUUAUUUAUCCUUUUGCACCACCUAAUUUCAUCUUAUUUUAUAAUUGUUAGUUAAUAUCUGUAAUUUGCUAAAUAUAUAAUAAAUAUGUUUGUAGUCUGUUCAUUAAAAUUACAGGCAGUUUAAUAGGAUAACAAGGGUUAAUUAAGCUACUUGAACAGGAUUAGAGAAGGUAAUAACUGUAUCAUACAUAACUAAAAGAUUAUUUUUUAUUUUUCUUUAACUUGAGGCCUAUACAAAUGCCAAAUUAGUGUUACCGUAUUCCUGUUCUAUUGUAUUAUUUUUAGAUCCAAUAACUAAAACUAAAGUUACACUUUGGAAUGUUUUGGUCUGUGGGGAAUACGAAAUAGUGUUGACUUUUUUUCUGUGACCUCAGCUUAGGUUCAGUAUGCCCAGCUGUUUUUACUUCCUCAAAUGUGGAUCAGGUACCCUAGGUUGAUGGAGAGAAUUUUAGUGUUAGCAGUCAUGCACCAUCCCAUAAAUAGUAAUUU